AUGCGCUUCAGUUGCAUCCUGUUUGGGGCGGCCGCCGCUCUUCUCGCAACUACCAACGUUGUAUCGGCGACCACAGACGCCAAGCUCUCGAAGGCGAUUUCGUCCGACGUAGUUGUGCCGGUCGACUCGACGAGUGCUGCUAACCGUGAUGACGAAGGCGACAACGAGGAGAGGGGGAUGUAUCCAUACACUAUGUCUUGGGCGCAGAUCAAUAAAUGGACCAAAAGAGCUGAGGGAUGGGUGGCGUCGAACUACUCGCCAAGCGAAAUGAAGACGAUGCUGGGCAUUACGAAAAGCAUCCAUCCGCGCAGUAAGGCGAAGCAAAAGUACGACUUGUUUCUCGCGGCGUGGCUGAAGAAGCAUCCUGGCGGCAUCUAA